AUCACCUGUCUCAUCAGCUCCACUUGGCAAAAGAUACAACGUAUCUUUAUCUUUUUCUGUAUAAUAUCCAGCAAAAAGCUUAAAUUUGCACAAAGUUCCUUCAUGGGUUCUCACUAAGAAUUUAUUCAAAACCAGCAUUGAUUUCGGUGGCGUAGUGAGAGAUGCCUGGGUUGGUUUUGGAUGAAAUCCAUGAAGAUAAGGUGAUCGAUGAAAUGCCUGAGAAUGGGAGUUUGUCGAAAACUAAGGAUAAUUUGGAUUUGAGCAACCCACCUGAUGGUGCUGAGUCUGUUGAUAAUGUGGGUACUGGAAACAGUUCGAGUUUAGUGGUCGAACCUUCUAUCGAACAACUUUACGAUAAUGUGUGUGAGAUGCAGAGUUCUGAUCAAUCUCCAUCUCGGCUUAGCUACGGAUCAGAUGGGGAAGAAUCCCGGAUUGAUUCGGAGUUAAGACACCUGGUGGGAGGAGAGUCGAAAGAAGUGGAGAUCAUCAAGCAAGAUGAAGACAUUUCUAAGGUCGAAGAGAAGGAAGAAAGCUCGAAAUCUGUCUCAUCAAAGAAAUCCAAGAAAGCUUCUGAAUUGAAGUUGGAUUCAGAAGUGAAUUCUGGAUCAAAUUGUAAGAGCAAAACCCAUCCAAAGAAGCCUCUAAUCGAGAAGCAAAACGAUAAAAAUGCCAAAAAACCUGCUGUUGGUGAUAAAAACUUGGAUCUUGGUCCAUAUUUGCUUAAACAAGCUCGGGAUUUGAUGGCUGCUGGUGAUAACUCUCGAAAAGCACUCGAUUUAGCUCUUCGAGCAACAAAAUCGUUUGAGAAAAUCACUAAUGGUAAGCCCAGUUUAGAUGUCGUUAUGUGUUUGCACGUAACCGCAGCCAUUUACUGUAACUUAGGCCAGUAUAAUGAAGCUAUUCCGAUCCUUGAGAACUCCAUUACCGUUUCGGUGAUUGAGGAAGGUCAAGAUCAUGCACUCGCUAAAUUCGCAGGUUAUAUGCAGUUGGGUGAUACUUAUGCCAUGUUGGGUCAACUCGAAAAUUCGUUGCAGUGUUACACGUCGGGCUUGGAGGUACAGCGGAAAAGUUUGGGUGAAACUGACCCAAGAGUUGGUGAGACUUGUAGAUAUCUUGCUGAAGCUCAUGUUCAGGCUUUGCAAUUCGAUGAGGCCGAGAAGCUUUGUCAGAUGGCGCUUGAAAUCCAUCGAGAAAAUGGUUUACCAGCUUCGUUAGAAGAAGCAGCCGAUAGAAAGCUUAUGGGACUUAUAUGUGAAACAAAAGGCGAUCACGAGGCUGCUCUCGAGCAUCUGGUUUUGGCUAGUAUGGCGAUGGUGGCAAAUGGGCAAGAACACGAGGUUUCUUCUGUGGAUUUAAGCAUUGGAGAUGCGUAUUUAUCACUAUCGAGAUUCGACGAGGCUGUUCAUGCUUACCAAAAGGCGCUCAAUGCUCUUAAAUCGUCGAAAGGGGAGAAUUAUCCGGCGGUUGCUUCGGUUUACGUUCGUUUGGCGGAUUUAUAUAACAAGACUGGGAAAUUAAGAGAAUCGAAAUCUUAUUGUGAAAACGCUCUUCGUAUAUACGAAAAGCCCGUCCCCGGGAUCCCUCAAGAGGAAAUCGCGUCUGGUUUCACGGAUGUUUCCGCUAUUUAUGAAUCGAUGAACGAGCUUGAUCACGCACUCAAGUUGUUACAAAAGGCGUUGAAGAUAUACAACGAUGCUCCUGGCCAGCAAAACACGAUCGCAGGCAUUGAAGCCCAGAUGGGAGUCAUGUAUUACGUGUUGGGAAAAUACUCCGAAUCGUAUGCUUCUUUCGAGAACGCCACAGCAAAGCUCCGUGCUAGCGGUGAGAAGAAAUCCGCUUUUUUCGGUAUCGCACUUAACCAAAUGGGACUCACUUGUGUGCAACAAUACGCUAUAAACGAAGCUCUAGACCUUUUUGAAGAAGCGAGAAACGUCUUGGAGCAUGAAUGUGGCUCGUACCACCCCGAUACACUGGCCGUUUACAGCAAUCUUGCUGCCACUUAUGACGCUGUUGGCAGAUUGGACGAUGCGAUUGCAAUCUUGGAACAUAUUGUCGUGAUGAGGGAAGAAAAGCUGGGGACUGCGCACCCGGACGUGGAUGACGAAAAGAGGCGGUUAGCCGAGUUGCUGAAAGAGGCGGGGAAGGUUCGAACCAGAAAAAACAGAUCAUUGGAACACCUUCUUGACUCCAGCAAUGAAUCGACAACAAAGAAUGGUGCAAAUAAUUAAGGUAAUGAGUUGAUAAACACAUAAUUAUAUGUAUAUUUGGAACAAAAAUACAAAAAAGUUGAGAAAGUAGGGGUUUUUUUUUGCAUAUUAUUUUGGGGUUGUACUUUUUUUAUAAGGUUAUUUAUGAUGUGAGGUGGCUUUGAACUCAUUUGUACAUUAUUAUUCUUAUUCUUAUUAUACACGUUCAAGAAACUGAUGAUGUUUGUACAAUC